CUCGUGUGUGUGUGUGUGUGCGCAAACGACAGCAACGACGAAACGAAACAAGAGAGAGGAAGACGAGGAACAAGGUCGAGUGGCUGGAAGAUGGUUGGUGGUGCAGUGCGGGCAACACUGGCUGCCUCGGCAGUGGGCCUGCGAUCCUCCAUUGCUCUGGCAUGGCAGCGCAACACAGGCCGUCAUGUCACUGAGCGCGUGUGCACCAUGUGCAGGCAGGCGCGCCUGUUCUCCAACGACCAGAGCACAGCCAACACAAGCGAGUUCAUGCGCAACAUCGUGCGGCUGGCCAAGGAGAAGCGAAAGCCAAAGCAGGCGCCCUCGGGUGCUGCACGCAACAACAAGCCACGCAUCGCAGAUCUCGUGCGUCCAAAGGAACAGCAACAACAGCAGCAACAACAGGCGAAACAACAGGCGAAACAACAGGCGAAACAACAAGUCCCGAAGCAGGCAGCUCAGGCAAAGCAGCAGCGACAACAACAGCAGCCUGCAAAGGGCAGCAAGCCGGUAGCCCCUGCACCUGCCAAGAAGGUGGCUGGAAGCAAGAAGAAGGAACCAAAGAAGGCCAAGUAUCCAACAGCACCACGUCCACCCGUCGUCACCAUCAUGGGUCACGUCGACCACGGCAAGACGACACUGCUUGACGCCUUUCGCGAGUCGUCCGUUGCGGCGCAGGAGGCCGGCGGUAUCACCCAGCACAUCGGCGCCUUUUCAGGUCAGCUAAGCGAGCGAGGGCGAGGAGCUUACGUAUGA